GAGCUCGGGGCAGGCUCGCCUCCCCGCCGGCGGCGGGAGAACGGGCGCAGGGGACUGCAGCUUCGGGAGGAUGAAUAUGGAGAACGAAGAUGUCUUGCUGGAUCUGGAGGGGGAGGAGGAGGGAGAGGAGGAGGAAGAAGAUGAUGAUGGAGAGACAGUCUUGGAACUGAGCCAGGUGGUUAUUCCCACUUAUGGAACCAUGUCAGAUCAGCAAAACCUUCAUACUCCUGAAUGGGCUGAUUUUGAUGGUAAACCUGAUUCCUUGUUCUUCAGCGAUGGGCAACGAAGGAUUGACUUUGUUUUGGUGUAUGAAGAUGAAAACAAAAAAAUUACUCAUAAGAGGAGUGAUCGUAAAAAGCAAAAGAGGAAGAGACAAGUAUAUGAAUCAAACCUGAUAAACAACGGCUUGCAGCUUGAAGCAACAAGAUCGGUUUCAGAUGAAAAACUUAUUUUUGUGAAAGUGCAUGCACCUUGGGAAGUGCUAUGCACAUACGCUGAGAUCAUGCACAUCAAAUUGCCUCUGCAGCCCGAUGACCUGAAAACCCGAGACUCAGCUUUCAGCUGGUUUAGCAGACUCUUCAGAGUGGAUGAAAGUAUCAUCAAACCUGAGCAAGAGUUUUUCACUGCCCCUUUUCAAAAGGAACAUUUGUCCAACUUUUAUGUUCAAGACAAAGACACGUUUUUCAAUCCUGCAACUAGAAGUCGAAUUGUUCAUUUUAUCCUGUCCCGUGUGGAAUAUGCAACAAAAAACAAUGUGAAGAAGUUUGGCAUUAAUAAAUUACUAGACACUGGAAUCUACAAAGCUGCAUUUCCCCUUCAUGAUUCUAGUUUUAAGCACCCAUCAGCUGAUCCCAAGUGCCCAAGUGAACGACAUCUUCUCUACAAGGAAUGGGCUCAUCCCAAAAACGUUUUCAAACUGCAACCUCUGGAUUUCAUCAGGAAAUACUAUGGAGAAAAAAUUGGAAUCUACUUUGCUUGGUUGGGCUUUUACACUAACAUGCUGAUUGUGGCCGCGGUUGUAGGAGUUGGCUGUUUUCUGUACGGAUUCCUGACAAGGAACAUGUGCACAUGGAGCCAAGAAGUAUGUGAUCCUGACAUAGGAGGCAACAUCAUAAUGUGCCCUCAGUGUGAUAAGGCAUGUACCUACUGGAACCUCACCAUAACUUGUGAAUCAUCCAAGAAACUCUGUAUAUUUGAUAGCUUUGGGACACUGGUGUUUGCAGUAUUUAUGGGAAUAUGGGUUACUUUGUUUUUGGAGUUUUGGAAGCGGCGGCAGGCUGAACUGGAGUACGAAUGGGACACAGUUGAGUACUUAGAGCAAGAAGAACAAGUUCGCCCAGAGUACGAGGCUCGGUGCACUCACGUAGUAGUGAAUGAAAUCACACAGCAAGAAGAACAUGUGCCAUACACUGCCUGUGGAAAGUGCAUACGGGUGGCUUUUUGUUCCAGUGCAGUCUUCUUCUGGAUUCUUUUGAUUAUUGCUUCAGUUAUUGGAGUCAUUGUCUACAGGCUCUCAGUUUUCCUGGUGUUUUCUGCAACGCUGUCGCGGCACGUUAGUGAAACGGAGGUGAUCCGAAAGUACCUGACCCCGCAGACGGCCACUUCAGUCACCGCCUCGCUCAUCAGCUUUAUAGUCAUUAUGGUUCUCAACAUCGUCUAUGAGAAAGUGGCAAUCCUCAUUACUGACUUUGAGCUUCCAAGGACACAAACAGAAUAUGAAAACAGUCUGACCACGAAGAUGUUCUUGUUCCAGUUUGUCAACUACUAUUCUUCAUGCUUCUAUAUAGCCUUCUUUAAGGGUAGAUUUGUAGGUCAUCCUGGAAAUCCAGUUUAUUGGCUAGGAAAGUAUCGCAACGAAGAGUGUGAUCCAGGUGGAUGUCUCCUUGAACUCACGACUCAGCUUGCCAUCAUAGUAGGAGGGAAAGCACUCUGGAACAACAUUCAAGAAGUGCUUCUUCCCUGCAUGAAGAAUCUAAUCGGAAGGCACUGUAAAGCUGCUGGAUCAGAAAAAGUUGUUCCACGCUGGGAACACGACUACCACCUGCAGUCCAUUGGAAAACUUGGACUGUUUUAUGAGUACCUUGAAAUGGUUAUACAGUUUGGCUUUGUCACUCUGUUUGUGGCGUCUUUCCCCCUGGGCCCUCUCCUGGCUCUCAUUAACAACAUGCUGGAAAUCCGUCUGGAUGCAUGGAAGCUGACGACCCAGUUCAGGCGCAUGGUUCCGCAGAAGGCACAAGACAUCGGUGCCUGGCAGCCCAUUAUGCAAGGCAUAGCCAUUCUGGCAGUGGUCACCAAUGCUAUGAUCAUAGCUUUUACAUCUGACAUGAUUCCUCGUCUGGUUUACUACUGGUCCUUUUCAGUCCCUCCUUAUGGGAGUCACAGCAGUCACACUAUGAAAGGGUAUAUAAACAGUACACUUUCUGUCUUCAACAUCUCAGACUUCAGGAAUGCAAGCAAGCCAUUGUCCUCUUCAUUUGGGAACCAAACGACAUGCAGAUACCGAGAUUUCCGCUAUCCCCCUGGUCACCCGCACCAGUAUGAGCAUAACAUAUACUACUGGCAUGUCACUGCAGCCAAGCUGGCUUUCAUAAUCGUCAUGGAGCAUAUCAUAUACUCGGUGAAGUUUAUUAUUUCAUACCUAAUUCCGGAUGUAUCGCAAAAGACCAAGAGCAAGGUCAAACGAGAGAAGUACCUAACGCAGAAACUCUUGCAUGAGAAUGAUCUCAAAGUCGUGAAGAAAACUAUGGGGAAAAUAGCUGAGAACAUUAUCAAAGGAAUAGACAGCACUUUCCAACAUAAAGCUGAAUAAAUACUUUUUUAUAUACAGAAUAAUAAUGUCUAGACAACUAAUACCUGUCCAGAUAUUGCCAAUAGCUGAUUAAUUCCCUUUACCAAACAUUGUUUCUUGCAAUGGUUACCUGCUCAUUUACCUGUUUCCCUUGGACAAAUGAAACCACUGUGACUCAGAUAAGUGUUAUCAAUUUUUAAACAGCUUUAGCAGGACUUCUUUUUGUUUUUAAACGUGAAGAUAAAAAGUAUUUAUCUUCUUAAGACAAUGCAGAUGAAUUCUCAAACACAGAGUGCUUUCCACUUCAGGCAUCAGCCAUUAGAUCUCUUGUUUGACUUGAAUAAAACCUUAGAACAAGAAUUAUUUGUUGUAAGAAUACCAUCAUGGCUUCUGAAGAAGGUGCUAAUGCAAACUAUAAAAUGAAGAGGGAAAAAAUGAACCAUGAAGGAAAGAGAAGGAAAAUACAACUCAAAAUCGUGUUGUUAAGCCAUUGGAAAUGACAUAGCAAGUGCUGUUGUGUGCUACAGUGAAUUAACUAUGCAUACUGAGACUUAAAUGGAUAACAAGGUAUUUCAAUUAAUCAUGGACUUGGAUCACAAGAAGCAGCAGCACUGUGAGCCCAUCCCAUUCAUCUGUGUAAACAGGAGCAUUGCUUUUGAAAUCAAUGCAUACAAACUGACUUCACAGCACUCUGAGUGAGUAGAAAAUAUGGGCAUUUUAUCUUUCCCUAGCCAAUGCAGUUUCAUUAGUUCACUUGCCCAUUCUGCUCUGAAUGACCACAGCCUUGAAGGUCUUCUACCUGUAACAGUAACGAGUGAUAAAAGUCUUCUCACGCACUAAAGCAAUAUUUGUGGAGGGAUGUCUUUUGCAUUUCUCCCUCACCAGAGACACUGUGCUCUUCCCUAAGAGAUUUCCAUGGAAGAAGAAUGUGCUGGACUGGAUGUAACACAAUAUUGCCUGAUAAAGGGAAUGCUGACAAGAUCAUGAAUCUGUCAAAACUGGAUAUUGGAGUAAACCACUUAACAUGC